AAAAAGUUAUUGGAAACAGGAAAUUUCCAACUCACUUCCUAUAACAUUAGCUUUUGUUGGAAUGUUACUUUCAUCACGUCAUGAAAGUUAGAAGUGGUUGACGUGUGGCACUUAAAGAAGGAAAACGAGGAACACUCACCUCUCAUACACGCAAAUGCUACAUAUUCAUACGCCAGCCUAUAUUUGUAUACCAACCAAAUAUAUAUAUACUCAAUGAUAUGUACACCAGCCAAAAAAUACUUAAUAAAUAUGCAAAUCGUAUCUUCACAGUCACAGCCUUCGUCCACUUCAUGAUUUGAAAAUGAUUGAUACUUAAUAAAUAUACAAAUCUUUCCUCGAUGUUUGCAUGUGUGAGGAACUUCGUUGCCAAGAAAAGAACAUUCCGAUCACCGAGAGAAAAUAAAACCAAACAAUGAAUAUUGUAUAAUGGAAGUUUACUACUUAAAAUAAGCAAAUGAGGAAAACACAUUAGUUACAAUUAAAAAUUAAGGUUGUCGUUUGGUAGAUUGUGUAAUUCCCAAUGCUAGUGGGAUUUUAAUAAUAUUUGUCGGUCACAAUGAUUUCUAGUAGUCUCUUAUAAAUGAAUAUAAUCGGAAUGUUUGAAAAACAAAAUAUUUGGAGAUCAUCUGCGGAGAGAGAGAGAGAGAGAGAGAGAGAGAGAGGGAGAGAGAGAGAAAUGGAGAGAAGUGUGAAGAAGGGAAGGAUAGUGUUGGUUCCCCUUCCGUUACAUGGACAUAUCACUCCAAUGAUGCAACUUGGUAGAGCACUUAGCUUGAAGGGCUUUUUAAUUACAGUUGUUCAGGUAGAGUCCAAUCAAGUAAGCUCUUGGCAACACUUUUUUAGUUUUCAAUUGGUCACCAUACCAGAAAGCGUAUCAGUUUUUCAAGGUGAAGCACUCGAACCAGCCGAGUAUAUAAUAAGGUUCAACAAAACAAACGAGGCAGGAUUAAAGGACAGUAUAAGUCAGUUGUUGAUACAACAAGGCAAUGAUAUUGCAUGUAUCAUCUACGAUGAGUUCAUGUACGUCUGUGGAGCUGCAGUUAAGGAGUUGAAGCUUCUCAGUCUCAUCUUCAGCACCCAAACUGCGAUACAUAAAGUUUGCUGCUAUGUUUUAAGCAAAAUCGAUGCCAAGAAGUUCUUGAUCGACAUGAAAGAUCCUGAACUACCAAACAAGGUAGUGGAAGACUUGCAUCCAUUAACUUACAAAGACCUACCAACUUCAGGAUUUGGGCCACUAGAAAGAUAUUUAGAGCUCACUAGAGAAGUAGUCAACAAUAGAACAGCUUCAGCUGUUAUUAUCAACACGGUUACCUGUCUAGAGAGCUCGUCUUUGACAAGGCUGCAACAAGAAAUCAGAAUUCCGGUGUAUCCAUUAGGCCCUCUAUACAUUAGGGCUUCAUCGGCGGGACCUAGUUUAAAGGAAGAGGACAGAAGCUGCAUGGAAUGGCUGAACAAGCAAAAAACGAGGUCAGUCAUAUACAUAAGCUUGGGAAGCCUAUUUCAAAUGGAAACUAAAGAAGUGUUGGAGAUGGCUUGGGGGUUAUCUAGCAGCAACCAGCCUUUCUUAUGGGUAAUCCGACCAGGCUCUAUCGCAGGCUUCGAAUGGAUAGAGUCAUUGCCAAAGGAAGUCAUUAAGAUGGUCUCAGAAAGAGGAUACAUUGUGAAAUGGGCACCGCAGAUAGAAGUACUAGGACAUCCUGCAGUGGGAGGCUUCUGGAGCCACUGUGGAUGGAACUCAAUACUUGAGAGCACUGGGGAAGGAGUCCCAAUGAUUUGCAGACCAUUUCAAGGUGAGCAGAAGUUAAAUGCAAUGUAUGUAGAGAGUGUUUGGAGAAUAGGAAUUCAGGUAGGAGGGGAAGUGGAAAGAGGAAGUGUAGAGAGAGCUGUGAAGAGGUUGAUGGAUGAAGAAGGUGCAGACAUGAGGGAGAGAGCCCUUGAGUUGAAAGAGAAGCUUAAAUCCUCUGUGAGAAGUGGAGGCUCUUCAUACAACGCAUUUGGUGAGCUUGUCGAGUACUUGAAACAGAGUGAAAAAGAUGCUAAACAUUAAGUAACAAUUCCUAAAGAAAAAGUAAAGUUGGUGUACCUCAUGUAACAAAAAAGAUCAAGCUUAUUCUUGCAAAAGUUUAUUAUCCAAAUAAAUAACAAUUCAACUAUAAACCACGAUUCUCUCAAAAUGAAAUCUCUUUUAACAGUUUUAUGGUAAAUAUUCCAUUGCUAGGUUAAAGG